UCCGGGGAGACCAGAUAUAGUGAAUGCAGGGUCCGGGGAGAGCGGAUAUAGUGAAUGCAGGGUCCGGAGAGAGCGGAUAUAGUUAAUGGCGGUGUCCGGAGAGAGCGGAUAUAGUGAAUGCAGGGUACGGGGAGAGCGGAUAUAGUGAAUGCAGGGUCCGGGGAGAGCAGAUAUAGUGGAAUACAGGGUCCGGGGAGAGCGGAUAUAGUGAAUGCCGGGUCCGGGGAGAGCGGAUAUAGUGAAUGCGGGGUCCGGGGAGAGCGAAUAUAGUGAAUGCCGGGUCCGGGGAGAGCGGAUAUAGUGAAUGCAGGGUCCGGGGAGAGCAGAUAUAGUGAAUGCGGGGUCCGGGGAGAGCGAAUAUAGUGAAUGC